AUGACUCCGUUCGAGCUUAUCAACGGACGCCAGCCAACGACGGUGCUCGACGCCAUGCUGCCACACGUAGAAAACGACGACCUCAACGCCGACGUCCAAGGCUACCUUCAACGUGCGGAGGAGGCCGGCCAGCUUGCUCGAUCACUCGGGUAUGUGGACAGUGAUGGCUGGGAGCCAUCUCUACCCGUGAGACUGUUCAUGACGCACCGGACACACAUCCGCGAGACUAUGAACAAGGAUGCCAAGUACAUCUACCUCGCUCGGAACCCAUGGGACAUCUGCAUCUCACUGUUUUGCAUGACCACAGACCUCAGCUGCUUCCAGCUCGAGGACGGCACAUUGCAAGAGUUCUUCGAACCUUUCAUCGAGGGAGACUUGGGGUACGGCAGCUACUUUGACCACGUGGCCUCAGCGUAUGCCAUCAAAGACGAACCAAACUUUUUCUUUGUGACUUACGAAGAGCUCAAGAAGGACAUGAAAGGCGCAGUUUUGAGACUGGCUAGCUUUUUGGGUGAAACAUACGAGAGGGCUCUGCUGCAAAACUCCCAAAUGCUACAGAAUAUUCUUGAAUGGUCCGAACCAGAACACAUGAGGAAAGUCAUCCUGGUUAAUUUCUCAGGAAACACGGUUACGAGCAAGGAAGGCUAUGGUGGAGACAGAGCAAAGUGA